AAAAUGUAUGAAAAUUCCUGUGUAGGCACUUGUCAGCUAUCAUUGAAAUAAGCUGGCUGGCUCUGGCGUCCGCCCCGCCAUAGCAAUCGUAGAUGAAGAUGGUGUCUGCUUCAGACAUCGUCGAUUAAGGAACCCGGUACAGGUCCACAAACCCACAACUUCACCAAAAUAUCGGGUGUCUCUUUCAUUUUCUUUUUAUUAUCUUCUUCGAAAAGAAACGAGAAAUUUCCUCCAGAAAAAGACAACAAAAAGUUGAUGGAGAGUUAGUUGUCUCCUGGCAUUGCAGUGCUCUUUUGUGUGUUUCUCUCUUACCCAAUUCCUGAUAUUAUGAUCUCUUUCAUGUCUCACUCAGGUACUGUUUCUUUCUCUAUCUCCGGGAGCCUCGAUAAUGAUUGUGAAAGCUGAUCGAAUUCUUUGCGGGCUAGCUAGAUUUGGAUCUUGUUGGACGUUGGGUUGGUCAGCAGAAGCAGAACUAAGGAGUAGGCUUUAAUGAGUGAUCCAUCUAUCGUUUCGGAAGGGGACUGGAGAUUUUUAUUUGCACCAUAUUACUUGAGCUGGUAAUUUCUGGUUAGAUCAAUACAAUGUCAGCUUAUGCACAUCAAAUGGAGAGGGAGUUCUCUGCUCGGAGUCUCUCAAGUAGAGGAGGAUCUGAGGUGGGAAGCCAUUAUGUGAUAGAGUCAGGGUUCUACAUGACUUCUUUUGCUGCAACAAUCUUCAUUGGUGCUCUUGUAACUGUUGGAGUUCUAUUCAUCACUCUGCUGAUUGCUUUAACAGUAAUGUUGCAAACCUGUGAGAAUAGAAGUAAAGGUGUUAUUGAGAUUCAAAAACCAAAUGAUGAUUACAAUUACUGCAAGAUUUUUGCUCUGCAUGCAGAGUUCAACAACUUGGGACUGGAGGAUUUCCCUUCAAUUUGCAGGAGUCUUGCUAUUGAGCACAUCAAAGGAGGUCAAUAUGAGAGAGAAUUAAACAGUACUAUGCAAUUGGUUGAGAAAUACUUUGACAGUUUUGUUCCAUUAGAUGAUGGUCUAGAUGUGGUAUUGAUGGACAUAGAUGACAUUCUUCCUUCAAAUCCUCAAUACGACCAUCCCUUGAUGAACCGACUAAAUCAGUAUGGCUGUAAGUAUUGCUUUGAAGAAGCAAAACAUUUGAAGGAAAUGAUUUUUCUAAGAUUAUAUACAGAACUUCAAGCUAAAGGGUGGUCUUUCAUUUUGUUAUCAAGAAAGCCAGAGACGCUACAAAAUGCCACCAUAGAGCACCUUAUUUCUGCAGGAUACAGAAAUUGGUAUUCAGUGAUUAUGAGAUUGAAUGAUGACAUGGAAAUGGAUAGUCGUGAAUAUAUUUUGAGACGAAGAAUGAUAAUGCAGAAAAAGGGCUUUCGUGUCUCAGGUGUAAUUAGCAGCCAGAUGGAUGUAUUUACAGGCCCCUUUUCAGGACAGCGCAUUUUUAAGCUUCCUAAUCCGAUGUGUUAUUUUCUCGAUCAUCAUCCGAUGGAGAUCUUGUAUGCACCAAAAUGAUCAGGUUCUUUUGUUAGAACCUUGAUUUGUCAUUCAUGCAUAAGUAGUUUUAAAGUUUCUCUGUAAUAUCAGCUCAGCGUCUAUCUGGACUACUUGGGUUCUGCUCGAGUAUUUUGUGUAUAUAGAUAUUGAUAUGAUUGGUUUGAUUGAGUUAAUCACAAUUAUCAUUCAUAUAAUGUGCAAUAUAUUUUUUGACAUUUCCUUUUCAUUGUUAAAUCA